AUGGCUGGGCUCUUUCCCACCAAGUUCAAGCCGCUAUCACAGUCAGCUCCGUUGCUGCAAUUCUCUGGCCAGAGACCUUUGUAUCUUAUCACCAGAUUGACUCUCGAACAUGAUACCAGCACAGUCAUCGUUUUCACCGGGGGUACAUGCCUACCUGUUGACGGCUUACCAGACUCUAAGGCGGGCUGGGCUUUUUGGCACGGGGUUGGUCCCAAGGACGAGCCACUCGUCGUCUCUGGCCGCCUGGAGACCACGGGACCGUUCGGCGACACUUGGGCUCAGGGCAGAAACCGAGCGGAGCUCCGUGCGGUCAUUGGCGCCCUGCGUUUCCGACACUGGCCCAGCGAUGGGAUCCGCACGCUUGUCAUUGCUUCCAGUUCCGAACAUGUGGUUGAGACCUCGACCAACUACAUCACGACGUUGGUCGAGUUUGACUAUUUAAAGCGCGGAGCGGGGAUCAAGGAUUGGGAUCUCUGGCACACGCUGCUUUUUACGAUCCGGCAAUAUCAGAAGGAGGGGAUGGCUGUCCAGUUCUGGCUGAUCCCGAGAGAAUGGAACACCGUUGCUGUUUCCGCUGCGAGGAAGGCUUGUGCCCAAGAAGAUGCACCUUCCGUAUGGACGGAUGUUGUUGGGCGAGGUCCCGUCCUAGCACCUUGGGUAGACUCGGUCGAUGUCCCGGAUGAAUAUUCUGAAACAGAGGUGGGGAGCCCGCGGCAGCCGACCCCAGAGACAUGA